AUGCAUAACGAUGAUGAACUUGAAUUUUUUUAUAAUCAAAACAAGCAGAGUAAAGUUGAGGUUGUUUCAAAAAAAAAUACUCUGAAGGAAACAAAAAACAGCAAAACAAACUCUGCGAAUGAAAAAAAUCUUAAUUCAAAUCUAAUAGAUAAGAAUUAAUAAUAACAGUAAUCGAAGACAAUACCCAUGAUUUCUAUGAAAGCCUUCAUAUUUAACUUUAAAAAGUUUUAUAAAGAAAAAACUAAAAUCAGAAAUUUGAUUAGUGAAAACUCUGCGAAAUAAAGAAACAUUAGUCUUUGUAUCUAUCUAAGAAAUUAUUUUAAUAGCUAUAAAAACAUUAAAACCAUGCUGUUGUAAACUAAAAUUCAGGAAGUGAGAAUGUUGUAAAGAUUUGAAGAAUUAGCAUUCAGAAACAUAGCUGAAUAAGAGGACACAAGAAUCUAUGUAAAAAAUCAAGAGACUGAUCAAAUCGCAGCAAUGUGUAGAGAGUCACUUUAGGAACUCUUUCUAUAGAAGGAGAGCGCCUUUUAUGAAAAGAGAGUUGUCUGCAGAUAUCUAGGGACUCUACUUUCAAAUGAGAAUUAUACUCCAGUGGGAUAUCCAGAUUUAGUCAAUAAAUAUAAAGACUAAUAGGCUUUGAACUCAAUAUACUUAUAAACUAUAGGCAACUUUAUAAAGAAAUUCUCUUAAACAGUAAAAGGGAAUUAUUUCAAAUUAGUAGACAUUGCUCAUUUUUUAUAUGAACAGAAAUAUCGAAGAUCUGAUGUGGAAUAGAUUAUGAAAUUCAUAUAGAAAACUAAGGAAAUCUAUAAUGUCUCGUAAAAUAAAGAAAAAUAGGCCUAAAUUGAUGGUGAUAGGCUCUUACCAUUUGAACUCAUUUCUAAUGCUUUUAACAUUCUUUCUAAUAAGGAUAAAACCAAUUUUGACCUAAUUAAGGAGUUACUAAGCAAUAUCAGAUUCUUGAUAAAUGAUUAAAUUAAGAUUGAUACUGUAGAAAGAGUAUAGAAAGUCAUGGAACAUAAUAUCAUUGGAGAUUAUAUUUAUAGAUACUUUUCAGAUUUGGAUGAACAAAUUUCGAAUUUAUUAACUUAUAUUGAUUAGAUCUCCUAACUAUUAUGUUCUAUUGAAGGUUUGAACUUAUCAACAAAGCAGGAUCAACUGGAAGUGUUGUUAUGUUUCAUCCAUAAGAUUUAAGGUAAUUAGAUCGAAGAAAGGACUGCAAUGAUGGCCCAAAAGCAUACUACAAUACUUUCUGAUUUGUUGAAUUAAUUUGAAUAGACUGUUGAGGAUUCAAAAAUUAAAAAGGACAAAAGACAAAAAUAAUAAGCUCCUCAAUUCCAAAUGCCGAAUGUAAAACAAGUUUUGUAUGAAGAUGAUUUGAGAGAUGAAUAAAUAAUGUAAAGUAAUAUUGCUAAUCCAUACAAACUAUCAACUAGUGAUAUGCCUAUUCGAAAACCCAAAGUGAUCAAUAUCAAUCAAAUUAAGCCUUAACCAAAUCAAAUGGCUGUUAACGAAUUGCAAGAAGCAGAGGAAUUUGUUAAUGGCUAUUUAGAGAAGGAUUAUGAUAAGGACGAGCUCAUUCUAUCUUAAAUACAAUCACAAAAACAUAAGAAUUAUGAAAAAAAAGAAAAUACAUAAUUUGAUUCUGCUUAAAGGGAUUUGCUAUACGAAAGAGAGUUUGAGAAAUUGAAGGAGAGUUCAAAUGCGAAAUCUAAGGAUGAAAUGAUUUUGACUCUUAAAAGCUAGAUUAAGAAUUUAAAGGAUUAAGUUCAAUAGUAUUAAAAAUGA